UGACCCUGGCUGUGAUGACCUUCGCCCUUUGUCGACGUAAACCCCAAGUGAACAGCACGACUCGUCUGAACCUCUGCAUCAGCUUGUUUCUCGCUCAGCUCAUCUUCCUGCUCGUUCAGGAGUUUAUCCACCUCAUCCGCCCUCACAAGAUUGUUUGCACUGUGCUCUCAGGAGUUCUUCACUACCUCUUCCUGAGCUGUUUUGUGUGGAUGCUCCUGGAGACCAUCUGGCUUUUCCACUCUGUCCUCGGACUCAAAGAUAUCAGAUCCCAACAGAGGAUUGGACCUCACUGGGGAUUCAAGUGCCUGAUUGGUUAUGGAGUUCCCAUGGCUGUCGUUGUUGUUUCAGCUGGAAUUAUGCCUGAUGGCUAUGGGAGUGACAGGUGCUGGUUGAAUUACGACAGAGGAUUCAUCUGGAGUUUUCUUGGUCCCGUGUGCUUCAUCCUUGGAGCAAAUGCUGUCCUCUUCAUCAUCAUCCUCAUCCUCCUACACACUGCCCUGUCUCAGAUGCAGCACAGCCCCACACACAAUAAACGAUUCAGGGCGUUGGUGUUUAAAAUACUGGUCCAGUCUAUCAUCAUUGGGUUGCCUUGGAUACUGGGAUUCUUCACUGGAAGCAGCGAGGCACUGGAUGUGGUCUUCCUCGUGCUCAACAGCCAACAGGGAACCUUCAUCUUCCUGCUACACUGUGUUCUCAAUGAGGAGGUGCGACAGCAGUUCUGGAGUUGCUGCAGCAGAGGAAGAGCAAUAUGAUAUGAAUAAAAGCACAGCUGCACCCACUACAAUACAACUUCAAAAAAGUAUAUGUACUGUAUAUAAAGUCUAAGGCAUUUGAAACUGUCAAUCAUUUGACACCUACUACUGGCCCUGUAUUUAAGUUGCAAACAAAUGCCUCAAAGUAAAAAAAUAUAUAUUUCCAGUUGCGUCGCAUCGCGUCGCUGUGCUUUCGUCCACCUCCAUAGCUUCUCUUCCGUUUGCGCUAGUAGCUCCGUCUCAUUUAACCUAGAGCCAAGGAGAGAGAAUUCAUGGCCUACUAUUCAUUUUAUUAGUCAACAUAUAAUUUUUUACACUAGGCUACUCAAAAAUGUGGGUAACGCAGUAACUAGCGUUACUGCAGACUAGGAACUGUAAUGAAGUUACUGAAAUUUUAACUGUAAUGCGUUACGUUCCUAUACGUUCCUGACAACAGUAAUGAAAUUACAGUAAUUCAUGACUUUGUAACUCAUUGCCCCCAACACUGAUAACAAAUGGGUUCCAACCAAUACUCAUGACCCCUGUAUGGAAAACGUAUUUAUUUAUGAUACAUAGUUCCCGUCAUUGAUUAUGAUUGGCUGGCUCACGUUCAAUGCUGCUGUAAAAUCCACUACAAAUAUACACCUUGACCGCAUUUCGUUCUACAGUAUAGUACUGCACUUCCACAACUUCUUACAAAAGUUAGAGUAGCUACGUCUCUUGACAUUGCUUGGCAACCAUUCAGAUU